GGUCGCAACAUCAGUCGACCAAGUGCAGUCGACCAGUUCGGAAGCAACACGGGUCGAUCUUGCGAUUUGCGCGCGCGCUUGGAUUUUGAUUUGAACCUUUUUUUUGGCACUAAAACUGUAUACUUGUUAAUUUAGUUGUUGACGAAGGAUUUUGUUUGUGGUCGUAAAUUUUGCACGUUUCACACACUUUAGUAUUGGUUUAGUAGCACCUUAGAUCGGCAACCCCGUACUGGUUGUUGCUAGUGUUUGCAGUCGGCUUGUGGUGCAGUUCUGAGUGUACCUCCGUCAGGACUGGCCGCGUGACAAUUUUGGCCACCUUUAGUCAGUCAUCUCGUACUCGUCAGUUGGCCGCAGAUCGUCGUUGCGGUCGGAUCGUACACCUCGCUAAGCUUAAAGGUUCCCGGGACUAUCCUACCGUAUAAAUAUCUCGCAGUACUCGUGCUCGCUCAAGUGUAUCACCUUAAAGUUGCAAGAAAUUAAGUGGAAAAGUACCAAACCGUCAAAGGUCUCCAAGUUCAACCGGAGAAGUGGCUCAUACCAGUCCUCAAAGGUCCAAACCUUACAGUACGGUUCUAGGGUGAACCAAUCUUGAUCGUUUGUUGCCCCCGAGGAGUUUCAACCAAGUUCAACAAAACGGCACACGUUCCGGCAUCACCACCGGUCCCAACCUCAGUACGGAACAGAAAUCGAGCAUCGGGCUGAGCCUAAACGCCGAAUUUCAAGAUUAAAACAUCACAAUGACGGUGGAUAAAGGCCACACCAAUACAGCGUUCGUUGGAGAUGAUGGUCUCAACAGCAAAAAGGCCCACCAUGGCACGAAGAACAUCGCAAACAGCUUCGCGCUGGAGAUCCAGGACAAGAAGCCGGGCCUCGAGACGGACUACAACCCGUACGAGCACCGGCACGUCGAGCAUCCCACGACGAACAACGAAACGCUGAUCCACCUGCUGAAGGGCUCGCUCGGGACUGGGAUCCUGGCCAUGCCGAACGCAUUCCACCACGCCGGCUGGCUGGUCGGUGGCGUCGGAACGCUGCUGAUCGGCAUCCUGUGCACGUACUGCAUCCACCUGCUCAUCAAGGCCGAGUUCGAGCUGUGCCGGCGGAAACGGGUGCCGAGCCUGAACUACCCGGCGGUCACGCAGACGGCGCUGCUCGAGGGACCGGACGCGCUGAAACCGCUGUCCAAAGUCAUUAUUCACAUCAUCAACACCUUCCUGCUGAUCUAUCAGCUGGGCACGUGCUGCGUUUACGUGGUGUUUGUGUCGUCCAACAUUAAGGCCAUUGCGGACUACUACACGGAGAAUGAUACCGACGUGCGGAUAUACAUGCUGAUCAUCCUGUUGCCACUCAUCCUGAUCAACUGGGUUCGCAAUCUCAAAUUCUUGGCACCGUUCUCGACGCUGGCUAAUUUUAUCACCCUGGUCUCGUUCGGCAUCAUCCUGUACUACAUCUUCCGCGAGCCGAUCUCGUUCGAGGGUCGGGAAGCGGUCGGCAACGUGGCCGAGUUCCCGCUCUUCUUCGGCACGGUCUUGUUCGCGCUGGAGGCCAUCGGUGUGAUUCUUCCGUUGGAGAAUGAGAUGAAGACGCCGAAGAAGUUUGGCGGAAACUUUGGAGUGCUCAACAAGGCUAUGAUUCUGAUCGUGACGCUGUACAUCGGAAUGGGAUUCUUCGGAUAUCUGAACUACGGAUUGGACGCCAAGGGUUCGAUCACGCUGAAUCUUCCCGAGGAUGAGAUUUUGGCCCAGUGCGUCAAGGGAAUGCUGGCCUUUGCCAUCUACAUCACCCACGGGCUGGCCUGCUACGUGGCCAUCGACAUCACCUGGAACGAUUACAUGAAGAAGCACAUUGGGGACUCGCCGCGGGCCACCAUCUACGAGUAUCUCGUGCGAACGGUGCUGGUGCUGGUCACAUUCCUGCUCGCCGUGGCCAUCCCGAACCUGGAGCUGUUCAUCUCGCUGUUCGGGGCGCUCUGUCUGUCCGCGCUGGGUAUCGCCUUCCCGGCGCUCAUCCAAACGUGCACGUACUGGCACGAAACGCACGGACUCGCCAAGGCCUGGAUGAUUGUGAAGAACAGUGUCAUCGGAGUGAUUGCCGUGAUUGGGCUGGUCGUCGGCACCAGCACCAGCCUCAAAGAGAUUAUUCACACCUUUGGGGAUCACGAGGCUGCGGACAUGCAAAAGUCCGAGAAGGAGCUUGUACCAUUCAAGUUACCUCUGCCCAUCAUCACCAUCGAGAUGAGCAGCCCCAAGAAGGAUGUUAACCUGGACAUGCAGCUGCUCAGCAAGCCGGGCUCGCCAACCCGGAACGGGGACACGAUCGUGGACGACAACUACGAUCCCCAUCUGCACCGGAAUCGACCCCAUCCCACGACCAACUUUGAAACGUUGGUCCAUCUGCUCAAGGGAUCGCUGGGAACGGGCAUCCUGGCGAUGCCCCAGGCCUUCUACAACGCCGGUUGGUUGUCCGGGUUUAUCAACACGAUCCUGAUCGGUGCGUUGUGUACAUACUGCUUGCACGUGCUGGUCCAAGCGCAGUAUGCUCUCUGUAAGCGGCACCGGGUUCCCAUCCUGACGUAUCCGAUCUCGAUGAAGAUGGCCCUGGCGGAGGGGCCGCAGUGCUUGCGGGGGUUGUCCAAGUAUGCCGUGGUUAUCGUUGAUGGCUUCAUGAUCGUUUAUCAACUUGGAAUUUGCUGCGUGUACAUAGUUUUCGUCGCCACCAACAUAAAGCAGCUCGUCGACGUGUACCUGGUGCUGGACGUCAAGCUGCACUGUCUGAUCCUGCUGGUCCCGCUGAUAGGCAUCAACAUGAUCCGCAACCUGAAGGUGCUGGCUCCGUUCUCGUCGCUCGCGAACGUGAUUACCUUCGUUGGCAUCGGCAUGAUACUGUACUACGUCUGCCAAGACCUGCCGUCGAUUUCCGAGCGCGAAGCCGUGGCGGACCUGGGAAAGUUUCCGCUGUUUUUCGGCACGACGCUGUUCGCGCUGGAAGCUGUUGGUGUGAUCAUCGCGCUGGAGAAUAAUAUGGCAACGCCCAAGUCGUUUGGUGGAACCUGUGGAGUUUUGAACUCCGGCAUGACCGUCAUCAUUAUCCUGUACGCCGGUAUGGGCUUCCUGGGAUAUCUGAAGUACGGAGCGGAUGCGCUGGGAAGCGUUACGCUGAACUUGCCUGAGGGAGAAUGGGUAUCCCAGAGCAUUCGAGUGCUGUUUGCCAUUGCCAUCUUCAUCUCGUACGGCCUGCAGUGCUACGUCCCGGUGGACAUCAUCUGGAACGUGUACCUGGCGGACAAGUACAAGGACUCGGGCAAGAAGCAGCUGGUCUACGAGAUGUUGGUUCGCAUCGUCGUUGUCAUCACGACUUUCCUCCUGGCUGUGGCCAUUCCGCGUCUUGGCCUGUUCAUCUCGCUGUUUGGGGCGCUCUGCCUGUCGGCACUGGGAAUCGCCUUCCCAGCCAUCAUGGAGAUUUGCGUGCGAUGGCCCGACCAGCUCGGUCCCGGCAAGCUCAUCCUGUGGAAGGAUAUCGUGCUGAUUUUGCUCGGAAUUGUCGGCCUCGCCGCCGGAACGUACACCAGCGUGCGGGAUAUUAUCUACAGUUUUCAGUAGAAAGUUAAGCUAGGAUGUCCCAAUCUCUGCCCCACCCCGAAAAUCCCCAUCGGAAGCAAUUUGUACUCCUCUUCUUCAGCUUACUCUCUCUAUUCAAUGCGUAGUAACAGAGAUUACCAAUACUCGGCCUCGUCAGUGCAACAAUAUAAUAAACGAAAUUCAAUAGACUGUAGUCGUUGUAACGUUUAAGGCACCCACCCAAACCACAACAAGCAACAAGCUUAAUCGCAUCAGCCAAUCUCAAGAAUACCAAAAAACUAAACUAAAUACUAACUAAACACAAUCAGGCGCUUAUCGCUUACAAAGUGAUACUGCUGCACCAACACACUCAAACACACCCCCCAAACUACACAACAAGGCCUUGGUAGCAAUAUUUGUGCGAACUCUAGUUACUAUAGCAAACAAAAGCAAAAAAAAAGAAAACAAUACGUAGAAGCUCAAGCGAAGGUAGAUAAAAGAACAAUUGCUGGCCAACAUAUCACAAUUUAAAUUGUCAUCCGUUUUUCAUUUUCUCUUUAUUUUUGUGUUUGUAUAACGUUAAGAUUUUAGAUAGCGCAUUAAUGAAGGCUCUACCUGUUUCCUAUUAUUUGUCUACACUCCUUUAUUUUAGAAUAGUGUUUUCUAAUUGUAUGUCUAAUGUUUAGUUUGUUAUAAAAAAAGUGGAGCAUUUCACUUUAAAAAGCACUCGCGCAAAUGAAGCUGGUUUAGGUUUUCGGUACUGCAAAAAUAAUAAAAAUAUAAAAAGAUAAUUUGAAGGAACACGCUCACUUUAAUCUGCAUCUAAUGUAGCACACACGUUGUAUUGGUUAAACUUAAACUUAAACAAAACAAAAAUGUACCAAAUUUAUCGCCCGAAAAUUGUAAGCAGGGAAAUAAAGCAUACCGUGCAUAGUAUUGCGUAAA